GUGCGGCAGUUCACAAUUCAGCCCGAACGCUUAGAUGUUGAAUCUUCAAGCAUCUGCCGAAGGACCAGCGCACCUUAUCCUCUCGCCUCAGGCCCCCACCCCCACUCCACUCGCUAGAGCGGCUGUGGCGGAGCCUUCCCCCCGCAUCGACGGCGGCCUCCGAGUCAACAGCGGCGGGCAUGGAGGAGUGCAGCUACGCGACGAGGAGCUCCGCUGCUCCGCGGAAGCCUUGCGCCGAGGAGCUCCCCUCCACCCACCCCGCAUCGACGGAGGGCCCUGCUUCGACGGCUGCGGCCUCCCAUGACCGCCUGACAUGGAGGAGUGCGGCGGCGGCGCUCUCCCUUCGUCUCCGUGCGCAGCGGCGGCGCUCUCCCUUCGUCUCCGUGCGUGGCGGCGGCGGCGGAGGUGUGCAUGCGCACAGCAGAAGGAUGGUGCCGCGAGCAGUUUUGGUGGCGGGUUCGAUUCCGGCGAGGACAAGAAGGCCGCCGCGCUUGGGGCUGCACGGUCCGACGACGUUUCUGCUACGCAGGCGAUUUGGGCUCGGCUCCACCCCCUGCAGAGGCCGGUGCCCUCGACGACUAUCGCCUCCUGCCGUGAGCCCGAGCUGCCAGUGCUACCGCCGCGCUCUUGGUACUGCUCGUCGCAACCCCAGAGCAACCUCCUCCCACUCCUCCAGCCGGCGCCACUGCCCUCCAUGGACCAUGGCAAACUUAGUGUGUGUAUCAUGGCAAAUGCAAUUUUCGGAGCAUGGCAAUUUCCAAUUUUAAGGACCAUGGUAAAUUUUCUUUCCUUUUUUGCAACAUGGCAAAUUUUCUUCUUUGAAGGGACCAUGGCAAAUUUAACGGGACCAUGGCAACAUUAGAUUUACUCAUGUUUCAAAAAUAGAUACCAUCGCAAUUUUAUUUGCCCCAUGGCAAAUUAAGUUCAAGCAUGGCAAAUGUAGUUUAAGGGUCAUGGCAAUGUUCUUUUCCUUUCGCAACACGGCAAAAUCUACUUUCCAUUUGACAAUGGCAAUGUAACUCCUCCCCCGGCCUAGACGUCGACUAAGAUGCCGACCAGGAGGUCGUCCUCCAUGAUGACGACCAUGAUUUUUUUUGUUUUGUUUUUUGAAAACAUGGCAUUUGUUUGAAUUUUUAUGUGAUGGCAAGUUGAUAUGCAUCCCCGCUGCAAAACUUGCCAAGUUUUUAGCUUGGGAAACAACAAUAUUUUCCAUGUCAAAUUCAUACAAUUUGCCAUCAUAUAGCAGUAGAGAUGUCAUGGCAAUUUUCAACCAAUUUUUUUCCUUGGGUAUAAUCAAUAUGCAGUUUUUGCGUUGGCAUUGUUUACUGCUUAGACCAUGGUAAUUCCAAUACUUUUAGACCAUAUUUUUCAUAACCAGAUCAAUAACAGCAAUUUUAAUAGAAAUCAUUCGUAUACAGCAACUCUAUCAAACUUGUUGCGCCAUGGCAUUACAUAUAUAUGUAUAUAUAUCAUUUUGUACAAUACUUUUCCAUGUACACUUUGCAAACUUGUUGCCAUGGCAAAAAAAUUCUGACACAAGUCAAAUUGUUUUUGUUGGCAUGUAUGUACUAUACGGCAACUGUAUUGUUUUUAAUUUUUAUAAACACAUGUUCCUGGUGCUGUUUUUUGGCUUGUUUUAGUGAAGCAAUAGGUAACUGGGCUGCAUGUGCUUUUUUCGUUGCCAGCGUCAUGUUGUGCCAACAGGAAAUCAUUCGGUCUGGGUUCGAUCCCGAAACAUGUAUGUUGAUACAGGGGUGUGUGGUAGGGUGUUCCUCCUGCCACACGUGUGGGCGGUUUUAAUAUUCGCCCACACAUGGCACGUGCGGGCUGUCUUCUGCUCACACCACACACGGUGUAUGGACGGGUGUUGCUCCCACCACACGUGUGGCAGUUAUCGGUUUCCAAUAAUAUCUGCAUUCCAGGUGGGUGGGGCUCGCCCGCAUGUCUUCCAAGGCAAUGGAGCAAGUCUGGACGGCCGCCUCGUCAAGAAGCUUCCGCUUGCAUGAUUGAGCCAGCGUCGGCAUGCUCAACAUGGCAACGUUCCACUUUCAUGUUCGUGCGGCCAGUGUCAUCCGUAAAGCAAUUUCGAAGCUAAAGUGGUACCCUCCAUGAAAUUGCAACCGUCAACACUUCGCCUCUUCGACGAUCUUCCUCACAAUACCAUCGAGGGUGAUCAUCUCCCACUCUUUGUCAUUGAGAUGUAAAUGAGUGAGUGGAUCCAUCAGCCGCGAACUGCACACCAACAUUUUGCGU